AUGGAAACAGAGCGUCGACCGUUCGCCAAAAAUGUAGUUCUUUUCGUAGGGGAUGGCAUGGGCGUUGCAACUGCCACGGCUGCACGUAUUUUACGAGGUCAGAGACUGGGAAAAAGAGGUGAAGAUCACGAUUUGGCGUGGGAUUCGUUUCCUGCCGUCGCGUUAGCAAAAACUUUCAACAUGGAUGCUCAAAUAGGUGAAUCGUCGGCGUGUGCGACAGCCCUCAUGUGUGGAGUAAAAACCAAUUUCGAGACCGUGGGAUUGGAUGCUAGGGGUCGUUUUGAAAACUGUUUUUCGAGCUUCUCUUCGAGGGUGCCUUCUUUAAUUGAUUGGGCCCAAGAGUCAGGAAAGUCGACGGGGAUAGUUACAAAUACAAGAAUAACACAUGCCACACCUGCUGCACUUUACGGUCAUUCCCCAUCAAGAUACUGGGAAGACGACUCCAAAGUACCACCAGCGGCUAGAAAAUCAUGUAAGGAUUUGGCUAGGCAGCUUAUAGAGAAUGAUCCGGGAAGAAAUAUUAACGUGCUUCUUGGCGGUGGUCGACGACAUUGGCUGCCUAAAGUUGCCCACGAUCCAGAAAUGACGAAAGAAGAAGGUAGACGACUUGAUGGAAGAAAUCUUAUUGACGAUUGGGUGCGCGAUAAAAAGAAAAGAAGUUUGAAGGCGCAAUAUGUAUGGAACAAAGGACAACUCGAUCAGAUAGAUCCUAAUCAAGUUGAUUAUCUCUUGGAUUUCGUCACUGUUGCUGAUAGAACACCUAGUGUAGGGGCUAACAAUAUAUUUUUUGAUGUUGCUGAUUUAGGUGAAGAUGCUGGAGUCGCUGUAAUACUAGAGAAACAUUCAGUUACAUUCAGAUCUAACUCUGUAGAUUUCGUAAGAAAUUCGGCCGAUAAUAGUCUCGGCAUAUCUGAUACACAUUCGUCAAUUACAUUUACCGUAUCUCUUGUAAGUUUAUCUUCACUUCAAAGUGGGCGGAUAGACCACGCACAUCACUACAACAAUGCUUACAGGGCAUUAGACGAAACACUGGCGAUGGAGACGGCUCUAUUAGCCGCUUUGGCUCUAGUCAAUCCCACAGAAACCCUUAUUGUUGUUACGUCCGAUCAUUCCCACGUAUUAACUAUGGGAGGACAAGCUACCCCUAGAGGCCAUCCUAUUUUAGGUGAGUCGGGUGUAACUUUAAUAAAUCUUAUUAAGGGAUUAAAAAGUAAGGGUUAA